AUGAAUUACAAACAUUUUUUUUCUAUUGGACUACUUGCCAUUGCCGAUACAAAUUACAGAUUUAUUUACGUAGACAUAGGCUCUUUUGGGAAAGACUCAGAUUCUACAAUUUUUAGAAAUUCGUUACUUUGGGAAAAAUUGGAAAAAAAUCACCCAAACAUUCCCGCACCAACACCAAGUAAUACAUUUCCCGAAAUAGACAUCUCGCUACCUUAUGCUUUUGUUGGCGAUGAAGCAUUUGGAUUAGAUAAACAUUUGCUUCGGCCUUAUUCAGGAACUCAUUUGCCUGUUAAAAAAAAGGUUUUCAACUAUCGUCUUACACGUGCUAGACGAUAUAUAGAAUGUACAUUUGGUAUCCUAUCUAAUAAGUGGCGUAUACUUCAUAGACCUAUUGAUGUUAAAGUUGACUUUGCAGUAGAUAUAGUUAAAUGUUGUUGCGUCUUACAUAACUUUGUACGCGAUCGAGAUGGCUUUAUUUAUGAUGAUACCCUAACGAUCAAUGGCCUAGAAGAUUUCAGUGACAUUGAAAACAUAACUACAAACAGAAAUCAAAAUCGAUAUCGUGAGGCGUUGUCAAACUAUUUUAUGAGUAACGAAGGGCAGUUAUCUUGGCAGAUGGAUAAAAUAUAG